CGUGAAUCGAACGAGCGCCGCGUUGAGUGAGGAACAGCCGCCGCCGCACCACACAAACGCGAUCACACACUACUCCCACACCCAAAAAUAAUAAAGCCACACGGUAGCGAGGCUCACGCGUACCUACGUGUUUUAGUGCGUGCGCGUAUGCGUGCGCUGGCGUACGCGCCUGUGUGAUAUUAUACAUUCAUAGAGAACGGCGCGGGCCUACCGAGGGAUGAUGGAACAGUGUGCGCGCGCGCGCGCCUUCUCGCGUGUAUUAUAUACGUAGGUGCGCAACACUGCGAGAGAGGAGGCGAGUCAGUCGUGUAGCGGGCGUUGUGUGUGUUUCGCUGUGUCGCUCAUACGUACACAUAUAGGUAUAAUAUCCGCGUGUGCGUACGUACGUAUUAUACGUACUUAUGUAUAUAUAUAUAUAAAUAUGUGCGCGCGAGUUGCCCAGUGACGUGAUCAAGCAAACGACGGAAUCGUGAACCGACCGACACACCGCCGCGAAUCCAAGCGAAUUCCGGUGCGGCUAGUGUCCCGGGGGCCUCCUCCUCCUCCUCCUCCUCUUCCUCUUCUCUUUGAGACUUGUAUGCCGGAUCCUUGGCGCGUUACGAAUAUCGGGCUUAUCUCAUUUCGAUGUGCGAUAUGUAAGUGUACGUACACUGUACGUAAACGGAGGAAUCCUACGCGGCUUGUACACAUAUCGCCAAGUAUCUUCUGUUUAUUUACCGUCGCUUUGGAGCGGCGGGUGGAACGUGGGGGGAGGAGAAGAGAGCAACCCGAGAAAAUACUACGUUUCUCUGCUUCGCCGUUGUGUUUUCCGCUCCUGUUCGUCUUCCUCCUACUCGUCGUCGUAUUGUUGGUGGCAAUAGUAACCGUACAGGGUAGUUUUAGUUGUUGUGUAGUUGAGAGGUGAACCAGGACUACUGGUGUAACAUAGUGCGACCAGUGAUUGUGUUAGUGCGACGACAACGGUGAUAGUGACGAUGAUGAUGAUGAUGAUGAUGAUAUGGUGAUGGUGAUGUGGUGGUGGUGCUGCUGCUGCUAGUGGCUACGAGAUGAUGAUGGUGUUGUAUCGAGUGUGGAUCGAGUUUUCAUCCACGUAUAACCAGGGCAAUCAUUAGAAGAUAGGAUAGAUAGGAACAAAAGAGACUGCAGUCCAAGCGAGACGAGAGAAUUCGAGUAUAGGAUGCAUGGGAGCUGGAGCUGGGAAGGAGAACUGGAGCUGGGUGAGGGAACGAUCACUCUGCUGCGCCAAAGACGGAGACCAGAGAGCCCGGACUCGACGCAUCCGGUCCCCGAUACCCGGGUGCUAAGGUAUGCACCCAGCCGUUGCCACCGAACGCCUACCUCUCAAUCGCCGCACUCCGGCCCGCAGCCCCCUCUCACACGUGUCGACUCGUCUGGCCGAUCCUGCAGGGGAAAUGUUGACCGCUACUCAUCCUGAGAUGCACGAGAAGCGGGAUUCCCUUGGAGUUGUGGGCCAGUAUGGGGGAGGUGCUGGCGGGGGCGGCGGGCAAUCCCCGGAGGAUAAAUGCGUCGUUGAGCAGCCACCCCCGCCUCCGCCGCCCCCGCAAAAGGAUCCCUCCGACCCGACGAUAAGCGCUAAAAAGUUACCGAAAAAACGUAAAUUCGAUUUGUCCGCUCUUGACGAUAUGAAUAAAACCAACAACGCUAACAGCAACGUUACCAGCAACGUUGGUGGCGAUCUUGUUGUUACCGGAUUGCGGGGUAUCAAUACAACCUCUAUAAAUCAACCCCAAAAUAUUCAACAUCCGACUCUUCUUCCGUCUCCUCCGCACCAGCAACCACCGCCGCUGCCGCAGCAUCAGCAACAGCAACAUCAACCCGAAUAUUAUCAGGUACAACAGCCACAUGCAGUUGUAGCUCCGCCUCAAAGCACAGCGGUGGAUUAUUCUUGUCGUGAAGAACCACCACGGUCUCGUCCUCGGUUACAGGUAGCACCGGCAGCAGCAGCGAUAGACCUGAGCGAGUGGCGGGAGCACAAAGUGCUAGCUUUAAGGGACUCACAUUAUUACCCGGGGGUUAUAAGCAACGCGACUCAUGGUGAUAUAUACGUUAAGUUUGACGGUGAGGGUAACCUAGUUAAGUACGAGGAUGUGCUGGGGAUAGGAAAAUACGAUGUCAUCAAGGAUUCGAGUCCGUCGGUUAGCCAAGUGACUGUUGAUGCGAACGUUUGCUUUAGAUAUCCUACCACAUCUAACAACCACGCCGAAACACUGACCAGUGUUUUUGUGAAGGGUACUGUUUGUGAGAUAAUAUCAAAUCCAAUUAGUUUUGUCGUCAAGAUACCUGGCGAAGAUGAUAAGAGCUUUGAAUUUGUUGUUAAACGUGCCGACUUAAGGCUCGUCCAACCUCCGUGGUGGGAUGAACUCGAAGGCCUAGAGAUCGUUGAUCCGCCAAGGGCCCAAGUAGUCGAUCGUGGCUAUCGAAAUUCGUUGGAGGCACCUGCGUCGGUACCGGUCUUACAGCUUCAUCAUGCUUCGCCGCAUGCUUCACUUAUUGCUCACAAUGACGGAAAUGCAUACUACAGAAGUAGGGCGACGAGUCCCUUAUUGGAGUUGCCAGGUUCCGUCCAAUCAGGAAACAACACUUUGAACAUAAGCAACGGAAGUAGAAUAUACGAGGAUUUGGAAAGUGACGACGAUUUGGGCAGAGAGGAUAUAAGGUUUCCUUCUGAUGCAGAUGCAAAAUUGUCAGGAAGCAGUAAAAGGAGCAGUAUGCAAAGCCGUGGAAGUACAAGCAGCCUUGUCGAGCAACGCAGUAUAACUCCUCGUUCCCAGGCGGCCACACCCAGAUCUCAGGCGGCAACGCCACACAAAUACAAAAAGGGUGACGUAGUAGCGACGUCUAGUGGAAUCCGGAAAAAAUUCAAUGGUAAACAAUGGCGCAGACUUUGCAGCAAAGAAGGAUGCUCAAAAGAGAGUCAGCGGAGAGGAUACUGCUCUCGCCACCUUAGUCUGAAGGGUUCAGGAUUCAGGGGCACUAGCACGUUUCCCGGGGGUAAAAUGGACGGGGAAGAAACCUCACGGGAUUCCGACACGUCUCCAAACUACGCAGAUAGAAGAAUAGCCGGACGUUUCGACCAAGAGGAAACUGAGGCCGCAAACAUGCUUGUAUCACUGGGGAGUUCGCGUUCAGCAACCCCGGCCUUUUCACCUACGGGACAGUCCUCUGUAUCGCCGUGUAUAAAUCAGAGUCCCGUUCCGUUGUUGGGUCUGAAUCAGAACGUCUUCAUGCCAAUAUCGAGUCCAGCGCAUCACCCUCCUCCCAUAAUAUCACCUGGUGCGAAAUGGAAGCAUUCCCCUACCCAACAGAAUUUCGCGGGUCAGUAUCAGCAGCCCGUAAUUAGACCAGAGCUAGUCAGGCCGAACGGGAGACCAGGUCAAACACCACCAGCAAGCAUCGGCGCCAGUGUGAUCCGGAUUUCACCCGUUAGUAGAUUAUUGGCAAGCCAGAGUUUAAGCAUCCCUACAUGGCCCGAUCAAAGUCCGCCUCAAAGGCAUCCGUCGGUUGUUACGUCGUUGGCUCAGCAACAACAACAACAGCAGCAGCAGCAACAGCAACAGCAGCAACAACAACAACAACAACAACAACACCAACAACAACACCAACACCAACAUCAGCAGCAACAACAACAGCAGCAUCAGCAGCAACAAAGCAUAAUAUUGCAGCAUGCCCUGACUUCUAACAACGGUUUUUCGAACCAUUCGGAAGUGACGCAAUCUAACAAUCAGCUAUUGAAGCCACCCCACUCACCCCAUGUUCCACUCUCGGUAACACCAGGGCAGAAUCUAACCAUGAUUCAUAAACCUCAAGACCAACCCGUCGACUACGCUCAACCUUUGACCCAGACUCAGACAAUGUAUUUAAUGCCUCAUCAACAUGAGAAAAAGUAUGUGAUAAAAAGCACUACUAUGGAAGCAACGCCAUUGUCUAGUGGACAUUUGGUUAGUAAUCAAGACGACAAGUAUAGACAAACGAUGAUUAAUCAUUUGGGACAAUUACCACCCUUACAUCAAACACAGUGUCAACCCCCCCAGUCACCGGCAGCUCAGUCCGUCCACGUUGAAAAAAUGUCUGCUCUCCAACAGGUCAGCAAAGUAACCCUUCCGCUUCAUCUUUCAUCUCACGUGGACUCCCAGAGGACUUUGUCGACACCGGCAACCAUUGUGAUGUCUGCUACGACAACCAUUAAUGACUCGGCACCACCAACCAGCGUUUUCCAACCCGUCAUCGUUCAACCAAGUCACUUGACUCCAAUGGCAAAAAUCCAACCGCCUCGAGAAGAUAACCAUCAAAAGAACAAUGGAGUUCUAUAUGGAAGCCGCGAUGUUUCUCCCGCAUAUCAGCCCCAACUACCGCAACUUGUCACCAAUGCUGUAUCCAAACGGAAAAAAGCUUUUUCCUGGCAGACGAUAGUGUUGGACCAGCCAGAGGUCAGUCCGCCGCCAUCAGCCCUCAGCCCUCCGUUGAGUGCACCCCCGAUUCCUAUGGGUACAGGCAACAAUCCUAGCGACGAUGGUAGCGGGCAUGGUCCUGGGGCUGGCCCUGAACCCAUCACUCCGGCGGAGGAGGAUGAUGACGACGUUUUUGAGACGGAACCGACAACCCCGGCUGAAGUAGAGAGCAGCAUCAACAAACGUCGAAGUCAAUCACUCGGUGCGCUGCACACCAAAGAUCCACAAAGUCCACUUAAACAAACUGUGAAAAAACCACCGAUGUUACAGGCCAAGGACCGAAUACGACGACCAAUGAAUGCUUUUAUGAUAUUUUCAAAACGUCACCGAGCGUUGGUACACCUAAGGCAUCCCAAUCAAGAUAAUAGAACAGUAUCGAAAAUUCUUGGCGAAUGGUGGUACGCCCUGAAACCUGAAGAGAAACAGAAGUACCACGAACUUGCUUCGGAAGUAAAGGAGGCUCAUUUCAAAGCUCAUCCAGACUGGAAGUGGUGCAGCAAAGAUAGGCGGAAGUCAUCGACUACCGGAUUCAAGGGCGCUGAACCACGAGGGAAACUUAAUAGCACCGGAGAGGAAACUGAUAUGGGACCACCCUCUGAUGACGUGCCUUUAACCCCGCGAACAGUCGACGAACCAUCGGCACUCGCACCCAGCAUAUUCGAAUCUCCGAAUAUCGAGAUCGGUGGUCAAGCGCGCGAUUCUCGUCGUGUUUCCGAAAUUCCGCUGCAGGUUGAAAACUCUGAGUCUGAUAUGAAGCAGGAGGAGGAUGGUAACGUAUCGGAUGACGAUCAAAUGGUGAUAUGUGAAGAUCCGCAACCGGAAAUAGACUUGAAGUGCAAGGAUAAAUUGACAGACAGUGACAAUGAGGGGCAGGAUGAAAAUGUGGAGAAUAAAAAUUACGCACAGGCGAGAUGUUCGCCUGCUAGUGGUCAAAAUCACGACGCACAGGAUACCAAGAUGGACAUAACAUGUAGGCCUAAGCCUAUCAAAGCCCGACUACCAUCCGCCGGCAUGGAGACUACGACAAAAUACCAUCAUGCAUCCAUGGACAAAGGUGGCACUGUUUCGGUCCUUUCAACAACGUACCCUUACCACAGCCCUGUUAAUCCGAGCGGAGUAACGGGUUUCCAGCCUAAGGGAGGCGCGUUUAUAACUAUGCCUGUAUCCCCGAAAGUUGUUAAACCAGAGCCGGUUAAAAACAUUGAGCAACAGUACAGUACGCAGUAUAGUGUCAGUAAUCUCGUUGCUAAUAUUCAGAACGAAAACGGGCGAACUCUACCGAAAUUUCCUCCUUCACCCAUCGUUUCACAUUCGUUACAGGUCAGACCCAUGAUGACGCUUCUUAAAGAACAACAGGGGAUACAGUCAACAAACUCUAUGCAUCAUAUGCUAACUUCCAGUGCUGGUUACCAACCCCAACUCACCCUCACAGUAGUCAACAAUGAGGUCAUGUCAGGUUCAAAGCCCCAGCAAGGAUCUCAGUAUCUUGUCCAGGCAUCGCCUCACGCUAGAAUGUAUGGAAACUUCCAGAUCCCUGUUUCAGAUGCCAGUGGCCGUAGUAUAUCUGUUCAGAACUUAGUAACCAGUGGUAAAGUCGAAGCUCAUAGCGUUAUUGUGAGCAAAGCUUAUCCAGUGUCAACUCCAAGUCCUGGUACACCAAGUUAUAAAGGAAUCGGUCACUCGGUUACACGACUUGCUGAAAUUGAGCAAAAUGAUAAUCAAUCUACUGUAAACCAUGCUCAAUUCUAUGCAGUAAAUGCUCUGAAAUUAGAUCAAGAAAGGAAAGACACGGUUAAUAUUCACCUUCCGGUACCUGGUGACAGUCACAAACAACCUUCAACGCCGCAUACUCCGCACACGCCGCAUAACAACGAUCAUUCGUCGAACACAUCUUUCGCAAUGGAAGAGCCAAGAGGAAUCGGCGCUUUGAACAACGUCGACGUAGGGACAAAUAAAGCUCCAUUUAUGCUUGCUCCAACACCGGCGCAACUUGGUCGGGCUCCGCUACAGAGGAGACAAUCAAUGGCAAUGCCUCCCACAUCAAAUGCGGGAGAUCAUGGGCCUCCGACGUCUCAGAAUUCCGAUAAUCGGCAGCCUUCAAAUUCUGUCCAGAACUUCGAUCAGCUGCAACAAAAUUCCAAUACCGAGCUUCUGGCUGCGUCGUCACCAUCGACGAAGAAAGGUUCUUUCUUCAAGAAGAACGUCGAGGACGGCAUGGACAGGUACAGGCAAUUGGUUCUGGAGCAAGUUAACUUCCAAGAGAAAUUUUCAUCGUUGCCAGAAUUCAAGCCAGAGGAAAUCCAGAGUCCGAGCGCGAUCGGCAUUACCAGUGGAACAGGUGCAUCACCUCAUGUCUCUGUUACACCGGGACUACAUCAGUCUAACCUAUCUUCAUCCAUGCAGGAUUAUCGUAAGAAAUCUGUGCAGGGACCUCAUAGACCCAGUUUGAAUGAGGAUGAUACAGAGUCAGACAUAUCGAUGUCAGUCACCCCUAAGUCGACGAGCAGUGUAAAAUUGACGGGGAAUCAAUUUUUUGGUCCCGACUUCAACAUAGAAGCAUUUAGAACGAGCACUGAUCCAGGCGGCGAUGUUGAUCCGAGUUCACCGCGGACUCCGAAGACUCCCAGCGGUGGGGUUGGCGGUGCGACAACCGGUGCGAGCAGAGGUGAAAACGAACGAGGUCACAGGAAGGUACUGGAGCAGCGACGAAAGCUCGUUAUGCAGUUAUUUCAAGAACAGGGUUACUUCCCGACGACGCAGGCGACUUCUUCAUUUCAGGCAAAUCAUGCCGAUAUAUUUCCUACCAAAGCGAGUCUUCAACUGAAAAUAAGAGAAGUUCGGCAAAAAUUGAAGGCUAACUCGACGCCCGUGAGCGCCAGCAGUUUGGUCAGCCCGUUACCGGUGUCGGAGUCCUCACCUGGGGUUAACGAUUGAACUUCACAGGACCUCUUACUGCCCCCCCAACGUCGAUGGGUGCUCCUCAUUCGCUGCCGGUCGGCAAUAUCAGCGGUAGCUAGCCCCCACGCGCCAACUGUGAUAGAAAGCGUACCCCCUCGCCCCGCAGCGCAUCCGCCUCAUAAUGUUAUGAGAACAUCGUUAUUAGAAGAACAAAAUAAUCGCAUCGUCCGCACCGUGUAGUCUCUGUGAAACGAUUAGCUGGGACGGGAGAAGAAGUUUACAUUUUUUUUUAAAUCUUUUUUUUUCACUUUUUUUUUGUUAUAUUUUUUUUCCUAUCUCUUCGAAUUUCCUUCUCCAGGCGAAACGUGUUCGUGAGACUCGAGUGCUAUUCUCCCGUUAACGUGGGCACACAAUCGUUAUUGAUAUUGAAUACGGGCGGGGAUGUCUUACAUCGAUCGGCUACGUGGUUUAAUUAAAUAAUAUUAUGUCAAACUCCUGUCGAGAGAAUGUUUUAGUUUUCUGCAUACUAAGUGGUAUAUCGGUAUCGGAAAACUGGUGUGUCUCGUUUUUAUUAUUAUAUCUUUACGAAUGCUUGUGCAAUAAUUCGUCGAUGAACUUUAUUGGCUUGAAUCUUGUUCAGCAAAGUUAGGAUUCGUUAUUUUGUAAAUUUAUAAAAUUACUGCAAUAUCGCUGAAAUAUUUCAGAGGAAAUGAAAGGAAAAAAAAACGUAUUAUAAAACUUUUACAGUUUUAAGCACGUGGUAUGUGAUUUAGAGUUUAAAAAAAAAUCGUACUUGUAUAUGAAUCCUUGGGUAACGCUCGAAUCUUAUAUCUGAUCAAAUUUAUGUCGUUACUUGCAACUGUGAUUUGUACCCGUAGCCGAAUUAAGCAUGGCAUAAUUCAAAAGACGUGUAGCUGAUUCUUGUAGUUAUGUAGUAAUUGAUGCGGGGCGAAUCGGACGAGGCCUAUGCCAAUGUUAAUAAUAAUAAUAUUAAUAAUAAUAAUAAUGUUAUGGGAGAAAAACUUAUAAUAAAAAAGAAACAUUAAAAGACGUGAUCCGGUGGUUAAAUGCGUCGGUCCGUUUUAAUGAAACGUUAUCGCUAUUAAGUCAUUCUAUAGAAUUUAGAUUAACAUUUUAUACAUAUAUCUACACUAUAUAUAUAUAUAUCUUGAUAAUUGUUUUAAAAAAAAAAAAAAAGAAAAGAAAACACGAAAACUCGAGAACAAAGUCCAUAGAAAUAUAUAAAUAUAUAUAUAGUUAUAUAUGUAUUAAAAUAUUUGCACAAAAUCUAGAUGACGCAAUCAACAAAAAUGUGUUUUAUAUGAUAUAAGUGUAAAUAAUGGUAUAGUACGUCUCGCGCUUGGGAUGUUGCGUGAUGACGAAUCAUUGUAAUCAUAGAAGCGAUUUUUCGUUCGUGUUAAACCUUGGUGACAAUGCGUUGAAUUAUUCUGUUAAUUUGAGAAGGACAUGAUAAAGACACGGUGCCAUUGUGUGGUAACGAUGAUAUCCAGGGAAAGUGCGAAUGACGUUCAAUUCCCUUGUUAUAUUAUUUAACGGUGUAUUAUUAUAUUAACGGUUAAUCAAUUCAUUGCCCGAUAGUUAAUAAACAUAGAUCGUAUUAAUAUGUAAUUUAAAGAAAAAAAAUAUUUCCAAUAUUAUUGAAAGUACUUAUCGACUGUUUUUAAAAGGCUUUGCUAAGGUUCAACGUAUUUAUACGUAUUUUAUAGGUGUUUUUAAAAAAUGGUCACUUUUGUUUUUUUUUUUUUUUUUUUACUCCAAUGGCCACCUUAGAUUUAAGCGGUUUUAUAUUGGCUAUAUGAUGAUGUUUUUUUUUUCUUUUUUUUUCUGUCCAAGCCGUGACUCAUGUAUUUUACACUCGUAUACAGUAUGGCGCGUGUAGAUCUGUUAAUCAAUUUCCAAUUCGUCAUUGAUGAAAAUGGCUUUCACAUUCUAGCAUGUUAUCUACUUUUACCUACCACAUAUACAUAUAGAUUUACAUUUAUGUAUUCACAUAUACAUCGACGCCCAAUAUAUUUUGUUUUAACGGUCUUGUUUGAAUCUAUAUAAAUAAUUCUUGUCUCAAUUUUUUUUUCCUUUUUUUUUCUACCACAAUUUUAUUCGAAAGAACGCUCUGUAAAUCGUUGCGGAAAUGUGUUGAAUCUUGGCAAAAUAACGAAAAAAAAAAAUAUAAUAAAAAAUGGAAAUAUAUUGUUGAGAAAUUGGCUGUAAAAUAUAGAUAUUGUAAUUAGCAAAAAAUGUUCUGGAAGUGCACGAUAAAAUGUUCAGGUCUCGCGCGACGGCACGCAUAUAUAUUGUAGCUAAACAGCAGACAGCGCAUGUUCUACAUAUUUUGUAAAUAAAAACAAUAUAAUUAUAUUAUAUUAUAUAAAGAAAUAGAGUAUAAUAAUUGAAGUAUAGUAAAGGAUAUAGUCUUGUAAUUUGUAGAAUGAUAGUUAUUAUUAAAAAAAAAAACAAAAAAAAAAAAAAACAGAAAAAAUAACAUAAGAAAAUAUUAAUCACUAUUAUAAUUACUUCUACGAGUUUAGGCAGGAUUAGGUUCAGUUUAAUUACAUAUAACUGGGCCUCUACACGUCAUUGAAAUUUUGGCUCGGGAUUGUUUCCUCCACUCCCUCAUAAUCAAAUGCCAUUUGGUUCACACCCUCCAGCCUCCGUAUAAACUGAAAAACGUGUUCCCAAAUGAUUGAUAACUCUUGAUACCAUUAUUUGUGUGUGUAUAUAUAUAAAUAUAAAUAUAUAUAUAUAUACACACACAUAUAUAUAAUAUACUUUUGCUGCCCGAUAAUAAUUUUUGCAAUUACCGAUUUACUAUAAUUAUUACUAUUUAUUUAUUAUUAUUAGAAUUUUUUUUUUUUUUUUCGACACCAAUUUAAGAACGCGGCAAGCGUGCUGCAAGCAAAUAUUGACAGAGUGAAGCGCAAAUAUUUCGCGAUAAGAUUUCUUUUUAGGUAAUUUAACAAUUUCUCUGAUCAUUGUUGCAUGAAAUGAUAUAGAAAUGUCUUGACGUGUUCGUUCUACCUCAUUUGUCAUAUCCGACAUGUACUUUUCUGUAAAAGAUUACUCAUGAGGUUUUACGUUUACUUGAAUUUUCUUUCUAUUUUUUUUUUUUUUUUUUUCUAAAAUCUUACAAUCCAAUGAGGAUUUUGAAGCAACGGACUAUUUCACAACUUUGAUACUUUUAAGAAAACAAGAAAACUGAAAUAGCGUACUUAAACUAGCUUCUCAGAACAAUUCUUUCAAUUUUAUCACAUAUGUAAUAUAUGACUUUUGUCACAGAUUAUAUUGUUCUUUGAUUUCUUCGGAAAUUUGCAGUAAAAUGUCACCCAGAUAUGAAAUAACAAUGGUUCGAUUGAAAAAUUAGCCAUUAGUCCGUCAUUUGUUGAAGAUAAUUUUUAUCUUAUGCAGAAAAGCACAUGAUAGGAUUAUUGCGUAACACGAUGUUGUCAAGGACCUUAUUCUAUGGGGGGUGGGGGAACUUACAGAAGAUGAACACUAAGACGCUCUCUGACAGUGAAAUUUCCUUAUGUAAAUGGGGAUUGCGACCGAUAAGCGAUAUUGUAGAGUCUCGUAAAAUCCUCAUCCUUGCCUCGCUCGAACAACAAUUAGUAAAAUUUACCACAUUUUGUACUUGAUUUAAAUUUUAAGUAAGCUAUUUUCCAGUAUUGAUAAGAUUUUUAAAUAAGUUUCUUGAAAAUUACUACUAUUAUUAUUAUUAUUUACAAUUUUUUUUUUUCUUAUUUAUACAUACAUAUUUUUCGUAACUCGUUGAAUAACGCGAAGAAAUUUGCUUGGUGACUAUUAGCCGUUGCUCGUAUGACUGUGAUUUAGAAAAGCAGAACUAUAAAGGAUAAACCGCUGGGCGGCUAUAAUAGCUAGCAGUUUCCUCGCUCAAUAAUUUAUCUCCCUGAACAUAUUCGUUAUCCUCUUUUUUUCUCUCCAUUUCGUCAAAGGAAGAGAGGAAGAAU